GGUUUCUGUUGAUGUCAAAAAGUUACACAAGCGAGAGAUGAUUUUACAACAGGACGGUUUCACAACUGUCAAUAGGGCUUCACUACAUCACCCACGUUUCACCUUCGCCAGUCUAACCCGUGAAUGCAGGUCUUUAUCUUAUCCAAGGAGAAAUUAAACCUUGCACAUAUUCAAACCCGCGUUAAUGUGGGAUCAUUAGACAAGAGUCGUCCACGCCUUUUGACAAUAACCGUCAAAGAAACACGCCUUUUUCUCGCCUCUCUGAAUGCAGAGUGACCAGACAUGAUUGGGAAAAUACCGGUAUGUUAACGUGAGCGUCUCAGUCGUCGUAGAGAAGAAGAAGAAGCUGAAGGAGCUGUGUCUGUGCGUCUGGGCCAACACCACCGUGAAGCUUACACUACACCGCGUUUAAUUGAGGACUUACACCACUUAAACUGUUUCCCCCCCUGAACAAAUCUAUCAAUCAUGGAGUUGAGCUCAGUGAUUUUGACGACCGGAGGCUCUGUCGGGUUUUUCAAGCUUGUCAACGCGGGGGUCCGGAGGCUCCCUAUACCUGAGACCGCCUGCAGGAACGCGUGGAAAUGGAGAAAUAUCGCCACAUCUUUCGUGCACAGUCUGAUCACUGCGAUAUGGGGAGUGCUUUGGUGAGUUUGGACUAAACUUCAUUUAUGUUUAAUGAUAAAAACCAGAGUGUAACAGGAUGUGGUUUGGAUAGAGGUGGGAAAGUUGUGUGAUUUCAUAAAUGGACGCUUGAUUUUUUCGCGGGUCAUUCAGGAGAACACGAAAUAACUUUAUCUUGGCUUUUACGGACAAUAUAUCUAAUUUAUCUCCUUGUUCCUUCAACCUAUAAUCGUCAUAUGAAUAGGAAUAGAUUUAGUCAAUGAUGUAUUAAGACUUUGAUCCACAUGAAAAAUCCAAAAUCACUGCAAAGAUGUUUUAUCUAAAGUUGUGUCUUUUUCUUUUUCAGCUUUUUCCGUCACCCACAGAUGGCAGAGGAUUUGAUAGAAACCUUUUCCGUGUUUUCUCAUGCAUUGGUGUCGUUUUCCAUUGGUGAGUUGCCUCUCAGCACAUGUUGAAUGCUGAAUUAAUUGUGGACUUAUCUGAAUGGGAGGAUGGUGGUGGUGGUGGUGGUGGUGGUGGUGUUUGUGUAGGGGGGUGGGAAGGUGGGGAAAGAGAGUGCACAUGGGGGUUAAAGUGACAAAGGAAGGUAAGAAAGUGACAUUAUUACUCCCAGUUGGACUCACUGAGCAUUUUUUGGUCUAAAAGAGAUCUAAUAGACACCUAAAUGUAGCCUAAAACUAGUCUAAAAUAAAGAUGAACGUUUUGUAGAUGUCUAAAUUUAGACUGAGUUUAGCUCAAGUUUAAAUCUGGGCUUUAUCCAUACUACACAGUAUAUUGCUCAAUGACCAUCAUAAUUAUUUUGGUUAAGCACUUGGAGAUCAGUUAUGCAACUCACAGUUGCUUUUUGAAAUAAAUAGUUAUUGAAUAAUGGGUUAAAGUGCAACUUCAAAAAAUGUACAGAAUCUAUACAGUUGAAAUUAGGUCUAAGAAAACUAGACGUCUAAUAGCCGUCUAUUGCUCAGUGGGUAGUGUAAGGGAGCCUGAAUGCAACAUUUUUUGAUCGAGGCUUCAUCUAAUUUGUUCAAUUUCAAUCCAGAGAAAGUUUUAACCACAUGCCAGUGCAACAUGUCUUGUAAUUAUUCACCCACAGAGGCACUCCUGCAGAUAACUUCCUCUUCACUUAAGUGUUGUUUUCGUUGACGACGACGUAGACAAAAAUAUUUCGUCAACGUCAUCGUCAACGAAGACAACACUGCAGAGUAUAUGUUUAGCAGUUGACUGAUGAAAUGCUCAUGAAUUUUGCAACUAUGUUCAUCGUCCACCACUAACGUUUUCGUCUAGUCUCGUCAGCGUAAACGCACAUGUAAUGUCUUGUCACAUUUUAGUUUGCUAAGACUCAUGUCUAGCUCGUCAACGUCACGUCUUCAUCGUGGAAAAAAAGGUGCGUUGACGAAAAAAACAACACUGUUUCACUUAUUAUUUCUUGAAAUCCAUAAUGUUGGCUCCUGAGAAUUCAUCGUUUCUCCCUCAACCAAUUUAGAGAGUCAGGUGAAUUUGAUUUUCUUAUUGUUUUCAGUCAUAUUCAACUUUUACCCCACACUCUUAAAAUAGCAGCUCACCCUACUUUUUCUCAUUAACCCCUAAAUCAUUAUGGCCUGGCGAGCGGCACGUGAGACCUCUUAAAAGAACAAAUUUACUGGAUCUGUGCCAGGCAACAAGUGCUCCCCAGGGAUUCCCAGGAUGUUUGACAUUCUUUCAGGAAGCCCAGCCCUGGAAGCUGGCAAAGCAAGGAGCGCUGUCGGUAUGUGAAGAUCAAUGGGGAGCAUUAUUAUCAGUCCCAGGCACCAGGCGUAACCCCGUACGGUCACGUGACAUCACCCAAACAUUGCAACUACGCAAAAAGUCAGUCAAUUUAUGCAAGAUGCCAGCGAUAACACAAAAGGGAGUCAUCCUCAGAAGAACAAGUGGGGUGCUUUUCUCUUACCCGCCCACUAGAAAGUGGUGUGACUCUGAGGCCCUCAGAAAGUAGAUUCAGGCGUUUUGUAGAUUCAGCUCAGCUGGUCGGAGUGCCAGACUGAAAAAUCUCGCAUGCAAGGAUGUGCGAUGAUUUAGUCUCCACAGCUUGAAAAGAAUAAAUUGUGAUAAUUAGGAAAUACUGUAUACGCCUUACAGCCCAACGUUGGUCAGUGUUUUAUACCGGUUUCAUGUGCUUCUAAUGUGCUGCUCUUCAUUUCCAAAGACUAACCAGUUUAUGGUUUAAUGGUGUUUUCCAUGCAAACAGUAGAUCUCUAGGUCAUCUCUAAUUAAAAACAGCAUUGUUAAAAGUAAAUAGAAGUAUAUCUCUUGAUACAGAGUGAUGGAUUAUGGUUUACUCGCACUGCAGAAAUUACCAGCCUUAGUUUUGAGUUUUUAACACACUGCUAUAAAUUGGCAGACUAAGAAUCAAGCUAAGUGUCUUAAUCCAGUCUCUCAGUCUUAAGUGGGUCAUUUCAGCAGAGAUGUGAUGCUGGCAUUCAUCAGCCUGAAACCCGCUUGUUUGUUUGACGAACUGGUUUGAGAAUGGAAUUUCCUCUUCACGUAAACAAACCAGUGUAUAUCACUUAACGCCAUCUUGAAUACCUACUGUACAUAUGUAAAAAAGCAGGCAGAACACAAUCCAUUGUCAUGACGCCGUGGUCUAGGCAUGAUUCAUUUAUGCAUAUGAAGAGAUACCCACAGAUGCAGCUUACAGUUUGAUCUAUGUUGUAUAAAAUCAACUACAGCAACAAAUCUGAUGUACUUUUUGUCAAUAAAGCCAAUCAGAAGUGAUGAAUCCAUCUCCUUCAGGAAACAAGCACUGUGAAAUGUCUUUUCUUCUCUUCUUGAAGACAAACAGAGUAAUGCUUACAGACAUACUCAUGAAUCAAAAUUUGCAAGGUAGUGUAAUUUUUUGCAAAUUUAACACCCUUCAGCUGCACAAGAAACGUCAAGUCCUUUCUUUGUGAUCAUACCACUAAAGUAGACUGAAGUCAGACGAACAUUGUCUGUUCAUGUAAAGCGCUAUUGCUGCAUGUGUAAAGGGGAGUUUUGUUGAAAUAGAGAAUGUGUUUGCUGCAAAGACUACACAUAGUUUUACCUGCUUAUUGUUGAUGCUACAAGAGCUGUUAUAGAGACCAGGUAAUGCCAAUAAACUCAUUUUCUUGAUGUAUCUGUGGUACACAUCUAUUCUGUAGUGUAUAUCGCCCAUUUAUGUGUAGCUUGUCAGACUAAAACACGUCUCCACAUCAUUAAAAAGGUCCUGGUGUCAGAUUUCUUGCAUAAUUAGGUUAAUUCUAGUCUCCUCAAAGCCCUGGGCGCCCUCGCACCCCUUCGUCCCCCCUCCUCAACACUUCAUUAUUUUUCCUACUUUCUGAAUAGCUGUCACCAUGGAUACAGCUGGUGGAGGGGAAGAGGUGGGGUUAGUUGGAGGAUAUGAAUAGCCCCUCUCCAAGACACGUCGUUGUUGCUAUCGCUGUCGUCAUGGAAGCAGCCCCCCCACCAUCAACAGGCUUGACACUCUCCGGGCUUCAAUCUGUUGUGAUUUGAUUGUGUAAUGAAUAAAUUAAUGUAGAUGUGAAAUUAACAUCAAGUUUAUCUUCACAGGCUACUUCAUCUACGACUUCUUUGACAUGGUUCUCAACCAAAAGCUGAGUCAGGCCUGGGAGCUUCUUUUUCAUCAUCUAGUGGUAAGUUUUUCAAAGAUACAGUCUGGAAAAGCUCCUGUCUGAGAUAUGUGGGUUUUUUUUACUUCACCUUGACUUUAGCUGUGAGUAGGUAUCAAAUCACCACCCAAAACCCAAGCACACCUGUCAGAAGCACACGCACCGCCAAGACUAAAUACCCGUCUUUCUUGUCUAGUGACAAAGAAACAAGUGAGGGAGGAACAAAGAGGCAAUCAUUCCUAUGUGACAGCCCCCCACCCCCCCUUCCCCACAAGCAUUCAACCUCCUUUCACGCCUUGAGAAAGUUGAACACCGCCCAGCUCUGUCAGUCUAUUGCCAUGCACUUAACCGCAGCAAUGUUUCAGUAAGAUUCUCAUCAGUGCCCGCCAUCUUUAUGACAGAGCCGCGCUCAGCAGGUUCGCCUGAUGAGAGGAAUCUUCCCGGGGCAAAAAGGAGUCGAAUCAGUCGGUCGCUCCUAAAUUCAUGCUGUCAAAAGUGAUUUUACACAGAAUGACCUAAAGUGGUAACACAGAACAACAUCUAGAUUUGAUCAUGUUUUUCUACACCUCUCUGGGCCACAUCUGAGACCUGGUUUAGGAAGAGAAUCGCAAGCUGUUGCCAAACGCCCUUCUUUCUGUCGAAGUUUAUCACUCAUCUUUUGAAAAUGGUGCAAAUAUAAAAUGAAUGGAAAAUGAAUUAAAAAAAGGAAAUUAUGUGCUCCUUUGAAUUUUAAAUAAUGAAACAGAGACAGUAAAACAUGGACAAGGCUAAACUUCUCAGAGGUAAAGAUUUGGAGAAGUUCACAACUUGUGGCAGACUGUAUGAGCGAAAAGUUCACCAACUUCAAAAUAAUGUUCCCAAGAGUAAAAUUGAGAGAAGAUGCAAAAAUUUCUGUUCUAUGUGGACAAGUCUGAAAACCAAUACUGGGAGUCUGGGAUCCUCUGGCCCUCACUAGAUUAAAAACAGACACGACUCUGUUGGGAAAAUCAUCACAUGGGCUCCAAUUCACUUUCAUAACUCUUGGUCUGUGAGAAAUGUUUAUUUCCGCGCUAACACUCACAGGUUAAAACUCUACGAUGCAAAGAGGAAACGAUGUAUCACCAUAAUUUAGAGAUGCUGUUGACUUCUUUUGGCCUAAGCUCAUUGAACUAAUGUGGAAACAGUCCUGUGGUCAAAAUUUGGUGUUACUGUUGGAAAUCAAGGAUGACCACUGCUGUAAAGAGGAGAUGAGCCAUCCAGCUUACCUGUCAGCACACAGCUGUUGAGAUACAUAGUUGUUGAGGGGAAUUUGUUCCAGUUUUUGAGCACCUUACAGUCCAAUCUCAAUCAUUUGCUCAGAUCUUUUUGGUUGUUUUUCCUUUUUUUUUUGAUGACAGUACCUCAGAGUGUGCCCUCUGCUGUCCUGGCCUUUCCCUUUUUUUUUAAGUUGUAGUGUUUUCUUAGCGAGGUGGAUGAACUUUUUACUGCGUUUUACUCAUAAUGCAGUGGCUUUGACCGUAAACCAAAUCGUGAGUUUGGGUUUUUGUUGUAGUCAUUUUCUCUUUUUAAUUUUGUCUUAUGUAUUCAGAAAAACAUCAGUCUCUUAAAGACAAGGUGAGUCUGUUUCAUUCCAGGUGAGAAUCAGUUUUUAGUUGAUGACAAAUCUAAAAGUCAUUCCACAAGAACUGUGGGAGCAGGCUCAACAACACUCACUGUUAGUAUGAGUUUGACAGUGGGUCGCUGUAUCCCCCUUAUUUCAGAUUUCUUUUCCUUCCUGACAUCCUGAAAACCUCGUGAAUGGACGCUUUGGCCGGGCCAGCUGGCCUCAGACUGUCACUAGAGUGUGGGAGGAACAAGACUUCUUGCUCAUUCACAUUGCUGUCUGUGUUUCUAAGAAAGCGAAAUCUCUUUCAUCGCUUCUGAAUCAUACCAUGAACAAGACUUUAAUUCACUCUCUUCUGUUUUUUCACCCCUUGAUGUCAAUGUACCUCUCUUUAAAACCAUCCUGUCUUUCUUACUUAUCCUCAUGUGGUCUCCUCUUUUAUGUUUUGUUUCUGUCUCUUGUUCUUUUCAUGCAGCUUUUGAUUCGAUUGUGCAGAACAAUGUCAAGCUUGAUAUGUGAACAAGCAUUCUGCUCAAAUGAAAUCUCAGGAAUGAUCCAUGCUGGACCAGCUGGUCAUAUAGUCAAGCACCUAUAACUCUGCGGAAUCUCCUCCAUGUUUUGGCUUCAUGCUUAAAUAUUUUGAACUGUUACAAAGUUUAAGCUCCUGUGAGGACUUUUUCAACAUCUAUACAAUACAGUGAAAUUCAAAUUGUUUUCUUCUUGUGAUAUCCAAUAGCAAAGAAGACUAUCAGGGACACGAUUGAUGUAUUUACAUUUUCCACAUUUAGUAUUUCGGAAAAAUAAUACCCCCUACUCGUCAAAAGUCUGAUCUUUUGCCAGUAGACACUAUGUAAGCAUGCAGAGGAUGAGAAAAUCAACGGUCGUUUUGUCCUUAGGGGUUGCCAAUAUUGACACAAUUCAGAAGUUCCUCACAGGAGCUUUAACAAAAAAUGCACAAUUGUCUGGACAAAUGGCAAAAGUAAAGCGCAGUAUAUCUGAGACUGUUAGAACGAACUCAACACUAACUGAUUUAGCUUUGUAGAGUCCUUCUAAAUGUUUAUGUGUGUGCUUGCUCGGCAUGUGGUUGAAAUAAGUGCAAUUACAUAAUUUGAUAUCAUGAUCAUUAUAUAAAGUUUGGCAUACACAUAUUAGCGUGCAGUUUAACUAUAGCUGACAGUUUCUUUCACCCUUUUUAUACCUGGCAUGAUAUGGCGAUAUGGUGUCUGUAAUAUGGAGGUACAAAGGCAGUGAAGUGGCAUUAAAGUGCUGUUGUUGUUCAGGAAAGUGCGAUUGACUUUGCAGCCCUGGUGAGUGUCUACCAGUAGCAAUCAUGAUGUUGGCCCUACCAACAGAUCUGGGGGGCCUGCCCAAAUACCUGGGCAGGUCCCCCAGAUCUGUUGGCAGAGCCAAAGUAUAACCGCCAAACCUUUUUAUAUCUUUCUUUUUUAUAUCCAUCUGAGAUUGCCAUCUGCAAUCACUGAUUCCCCCUUGCUAAGUUCACAGCAUGUGGAAACUGGCGUGUGCUCUUCUGCAGACAAUCACAGAAAGAGAGAGAUGUCCUUCAUCACGUCCCUCUUGUUGAUGUAUUGAUUGAAGUGUGAGUUUUUUUCUAAAUAUGAACUCCCUCAUAAGUUUUUCAUAGUUUUGUGCAGCUGUUCAUUCUGUAAUAUCUUUGUUUUGGAUCUCCUUCAUUAAUUGACCUCCUCACAGAGAUCAUCUGUUGUGAUAACAGAAUCAGGAGUGAAGAAGUUGUGAUUUUGGGGUGUCUUAAGAAACAUGCUGCUGAUUAAUUUUGUAGAAAAAAACAAGCUGAGACACACUUCUGUGUUUGUAUGUGUGUGCAUACCCAUGUUUUUGUGGAUAAUAGCAUUGUAAAUCAUCUAAGUAUAUGAAGGUUGCCUUUAUGCCUCCCCAAUCUGUAUUACAAAACAUACUGAGGGAUAAGUCUUUUGAAUGCUCCUCAACAAAUGACAAUAAGAACGGUGUUAUAUUGUUGUAUGAAUGCUGUCAAAUCUAAGCUAUAAAGGAUCAUAUAGGCAAAUGUCAGCAGCACUAAAUGACUGAAUGCUUCAGAGCAAAAGGCCGUCUGUAUCUGACAUGCAAAUAUAUUUUCACACUUAUUUAAACAGAUGUGUCUUUGUUCAUAUCCAGUGUAGUUACUCACAAUAUUAACCCUUUAAUGCAAAAAAAACACUAAUUAUGGCAAAAGAAAUUCACUUGAAAUCUUAAUUUCACUUACUACUGAAAACAAAACAAAAAAAUUAAAAUGUCCUUAAAAUUUAACAAAUAUAUUUACUUAUCUCAUUUGAUACAUUAUAUGUUUUUGGAAACUGAUAAACUACAAGAGGACAUUUUUAUCAUUUAUUGGACUGUAUUCAGGUGUUUUAUUAGUAAUUUGUUGAUCAUAUUGAUUUGAUAGAAGUAUCAUAAAAAUAUAUAUGAUACAAAAGGCAUUAAAGGGUUAAGUUUAAGUUUCCAUAAUACAGCCUCCAAACUUUGGUAAGGGUUUCCUCUUUUUAAACGGGCGUACGGUGAACCAGCAGGAGGUGAAACAGAAGUUUUGUUGAUCCCUGUUGUAGCCAUCCAGGAGGAAUAAUAAAGGCAAACAUUCCAUGGAAAGUAUUUUUUUCCCCUUCCUCCUGACUGUAGAGAGGAUUAGCAGCUUCUUAUUUCUGUCUGAGGAACAUGUGGGUCUUGACACAGUCACUCAGUCCUGAUGGGAUGCUGUCAACCCUUACCCUAUAUUUCCUUCAGUGAAACAGGAAGUUGUGAUAGUUCUACCAGGAAUGAAGUAUCUUUCCUGAGGAGUUCAAAAAGGUAUCAUGAAGGGAUUAUAAACAUAGAGUUGAUAAAUAUCAGUGUUGUAGCUGAGCUGUGGAUGGUUCUCAUACAAAGCCCUUAUCCGUGUGUUGAAUCUGUUUCAGCCUGGAUUGCCCAUGACUCUCGGAAACAGUGAGCCUAUAAUUCUAAAUAUGAGCCACAAGACAAGAUGCCAAGCAGAGGCAGGAGAACAUUAUUUUUUCCAUGGAGAAUGAAAGCAUGUGAAAAGCAGUACGUCUGAUGUCUCCUUUUGCAACUCCCAUCGGUAAUACACUGUGGAAACACAAUCAAAAUCUCUCUCUUGUGUUCUCACAUGGGUUUGAAACUUUGCUGUUUUCUUCAGCAAAUGUCUCUCAGCCCUCUGUCAUUAAGCCUGAAUUCAAUUACUUAGUAGAGAGGAGUAAAGGGCUGAAGCUUCAGAAGCGGAUCAGGGCAGCAGAGGUCAAUCUGCUGUUUGAGGAGACAUGCUGUUCCCAAUCACAUCUACCCUCCUCUUCCUUUCUUUAAUCUGUGAAGGGAAUGAUUGGAAAAACGUCCACCUUGAUCCACAUGAAUUUUUACCUUUGUGAAAAAGACCUGGUGAAUGGAAGUUGUUCAUUGUUAUAGAUGCACUGGACUGAUCACCACCACUCCAUUAGCCAUAUGCUCACCAGAAGUGAGCAAAUGGGUUUAGAUUGGGGCAUCACACAAAUACAUGAAUAUCUGAGAUUGUUGCAGAUUCUUAUGCCAGUCAGAGGUCUGCCUGCAUUAGGAUUUCAACCUUCUCAUUCAAACAGAUUAAGUCAUUCCUCUAUCACCUGGAUGGAUUAAAGAUGGUAACAGAGAUUCAAAUCCAUCAUUUUGGUUGGCUGUCUUUGAGAGUGUGUUUUGGGGCUUUUUUAGCCUUUGUUGACAGUGGUAAGGACAGAGGAUAGAGCAGGAAACAGUGCAGAGAGCAGGAAAAGGGCCUCAGGGUGGAAUUGAACCCGGGCUGCCUGUAUAUGAGGGGUGCACUUUGACCAGCAGGCAAACAGCCUCCCUUGAUUGGCAUUUCUAAGAACCUUUGAAUAGUUUUUUUUUCUGGAAAUCUGGCUAUUCUUGGAGCCAGAACACUCCCCAGCAUGGAUUACAGAUGUUUUGUUUGUUUAUGCUAAUUUUUCUUCUUUCUACAAAUACUAUCUUGCUUCUCGACUGAAACCAGUAUUUUCCAUUAUCUCCAGAAAUUGGGUUUCUUUUCUUUCCACCGUCCUCUGCUGGAAGAGACCACAAAAGUAUCAGACAGGAAGUGUCCGUUCGCCUGGUAGCUGUGUGUUUUUAUCACCGAAACUACGGCACACGCUUUGUUUGUUUUUCCUCCUACAACCUGGAAAUCCUCUAAGCUGCUCACGCUCAGAUUUUCUGUGUUUUCAAACUCGACCUCGGUCAUUUUCCCUCUUGAAGGUUUAGGAGGGAAAUUUCAUACCGACCUCAGACAUGAAUGGAACUUGUCUCUGUUUACCAGGCAUGAAAAUAGACAUUUGUGGGAGGCGCGUGUGUGUUAGGUAUCCAACAGGGAAUGUCAUUUUUGGAAGCAGGAGCCUACUGUAUUUGGUCGUUGGCCAAGUUGUCACCGGUGUGACACCUCAUGUCACUGGAAUGCCAUAUGUGUCACGGACCUCUGCACCUUCCACUCGAUAAAACCUGACUAUCCUGUGCGCCUGUUUCUACCUCAUUAGUCUCUGUCGUGAUCCAGGCUCUUUCUUUUUUUGCUGCAGGUCUUUUAAGGACCCUGGCAUGUCCAGAAAGAAGCACAAACAAAAAUAAAAAGCAGCAAGAUUUGUAAUCCUUAAAUCCUUAUUUGGUUUAAGGUCUCCAUUGUUGCCCUUGCUACUCUGUUUUCUUUUUGUGGCAUAUCCUGCAUCUACAAAACAUUAACAAGUAUGUUUCUCUGUUUGAUACAUCCUUGUGGGGUGUUUUCCUGCAUCAAACAGCUUUUUUUUAUUUAGUAUGAAUGAAUGGUAUGUUUUUGUUUUUGAUGGCCAGCCCACACAUAUAUUUCCAGCACAGUCCAUAGUCUGUGGGCUGUGCCACUCCUACUUUUUGACCUAUGCUUUGGAGUGACAAACCAUAAAGAUCGAGGUUUGCGUUUAAAAAAUCUACAGUGUCAACAUUCUGUUUGCAAAACCCCGAGCUGCUGGAGUCCUGGAAGUUUUGGUGGAAGAUUUAGCGCAGAUUGAGAGAAAAAACAUCAAUAUAUCUGGAUGGGCUGAGGGUGAAAUUAUGCAAAGAGGAGGAAGAAGAAUUGCAAAAUAGAAAAAGGAAUGCGUGCUGUAGUUUUUACGACGAGGAAACAUCUUCAUGUAUGUGUAUUUGUCUCAGCAGCCUCAUCAUUUAUGGCGGGGAACCCCGGGAGAGUCCCCCCUAUUCUGUGUUUACUUAGACAGGAGGACACACAUCUGGUCUCCACAUGAACCUCAGCCUCGGAGAGAAACACACACACACGCACGCACGCACAUACACACAUAGCAAUCCUCCAGUUUCCUGAAAGGGCUCUGCAAAUGCAUGCACCCCCUCAGACAUUUCUUUGCUCCAGCUCUACUCCAUAUAUCACACACACACUGCCUUGUUCUCAACCCCCCUUACCCUGUAUGGCGCCAAAACAUCUCCCCCAUCCCCCUCUCAUCCACCCACUCUUUGCAGCUUGAACCGCCCCCUCACAUGGCAACAGACCAAUGAGACCCUACGUGCUCCUGUAGUACUGUAUUGUGUUUUUGUGAUGUUUGUUCCCUCGUGGUAUGACUGUUGUUGCACACACAGGAAGAUCCUUAUCCAGAAACGGUUCAUAUCAUCGAAAUCAGAGACGAGAAAUGAUGAAAUCCACAGAUACAUGGAUACAGCUGCUGAUGUGAGGCACUGACAGACCACUGUUUGGCACCCAAAGUUACAUUAAAUAGGAUUGAGAGCUUGUGUAGAAAAUUAGACUUGCUGUGUAACUGAUUUGUGUCUUUUUUUUAAAUCUAAGUAAUAAAUAUGAAUCUUUGAUGAGUAGAAAUUAACAGUCUGGAUGCAGGUGCCAUCCAUCCAAACCAGAGCAGGCCUGUGUGUAUGAACCUCACAUUAGACUCCCUUUAGCCUGCAGAUUGGCAGUAGAGAAGAGCUCUUGUUUUAGACACUAACACAAACACACUUCCCAAGCUUUCCAAAGAAGCCGGAGGCUGGAAAAAGCAGAGUGCCCUACAGAAGAGUUGGCAUACACGUGCAGUCGACAUAACAACCAGGAAUGCUGUUUGUGGAGGCAUCUAUCCAUCGGCAGCUUUAGAAAAUCGCGGGGAGUUUGGUUUUGUAAGCCACUUGUCAUAGCCGUAAAAAGAAGGUGAGGCAAAGAAGGGAACCGUGUAUUUGUUUUGCCUGAGUGCCACACCUAAUAACCAAGGAGCAAAGCUUUCAAAAGAUAGAGAGCAGACUUGGCCGAGAUCCAGCUGCUGUGGGAAUACCAGAGUAUGUGCGUAUGAUUCCAAAAGCAGCGUGGGCGGAUAAGAGAGUACAGCGUAGGAACAACCUCACAUUGAACGAUUGUAGUAGGUGGAGUUAACUAUUCCUGGUUCUUUUUUUUGUUGUUAAUUUUCACAUUAAAAAAGAAAUUGAGAUAUCUUUAACACUUGCUGGGUGCUUCUCAGGUAGUGACGCAUAGUAAAAAAGCAUAACCACCUGUUUACCACGUUAUCCUGCCAUCAAGUAAAGACAAUAACUGAUUCACACAGACUAUUGAUUUUUAAAGAUUGAUUCAUCCUUGAAGUUACCAUUUUAUUAGAAUAUUUUAUCGCUGUCAAUCAAAAUGUAAUAAUAAAUAAUACAUUUUAUUUGUAGUACCCUUUACAUCCCGAGACCUCAAAGGGCUACACGUUAAAAGCAAAGAAAUAUCACAACAAAGGAAUAUAAAAACAGGUUAAACACGUAAGCCUGUCCUUUUUAUUUUUGUUACAUUUUCAUUAAAUGUCACAUUUGCUAAGUUAAACAGGAUGUCUCAAAACGUAACAGUUUGCGUACAUUGAAGCAUAGACGAGGCAAAUGUCUUAGUUUUCUAACACUACAGCUUCAAGUUAUUCGUCAUGGUUAGCUACUUAGAGAUGUACUCAUCAGCUCUUCUGCCAUUGCCUGGAUUGCAGGACAGGAUCUUGAUCUAACUUUUUUGCCACAGUAUCAACAAGCAGUGCUGAAAUGUGCUGGAUUGUUUUCACAUGACAUUUGUCGUCAUACUAGGGACAACUGAAGGUGAUAUUAUUGGAGAAAUAUCUGCCUAUUGGACUGUCUUUUUUAGGAUUAGACCCAGAUUCUUUCAAUAAAACAAUCUUAUUUCCUUAUGGCUUUUAAUAUCAUGACUAUUUUCUUGAAAUAUUAUAUUUAAUCCCUGAAUCUCAGAUUAUUCUGGUGUAAGUAUCAAAUAUACUGUAGAUCAUCAGACAUUAUUAGCUUCCCAUUUCUUAUCAGAAUCAAGAUAAGCUUUACAAGUGAGCCGUUUGCAGUAGAGACAUACAUUGUACUUGAGGUGAACCAAACCUGUACCUCUCUUUUCACAUCUAGUGCACAAAUGCCUCAAGAGGCCACCAAUCGCCCAACAACACCUCUUAACGGUCGCAGAGCCUCUUCCCGAUGUCUCAUGAAAGUGAGGAAAACGACUUAUUCUGUCAGCCUGAACUUGGUUUAGCACGCAUACCUUUACAAAUGAGUCUCCAUGCAGUGCUAAUUGAUCAUAUUUGGUCCAAAUAAUUGUGUUUGGCACAUCCGGUGAAAAAUCUGCACAGAGAUUUGUGACAGUGAGGCUCUGAAAUGAAGUGCUGUGCUGCUGUCAGCUGAUAGGACUUAAUGCAGGUCGCAUGGUAAUAGUUACAACCACCCUCCCUCUGUCCUCCUGAUAAUACUGUGUGUUUGUGUUAUCAGACUUUUAGCUGUUUGUGUAAUCUUAACUAUUCCAUGCUCGUAAGCUGCACAUCCUUCCCUCUAUUUUCACUUACAGACUUUGAGCUGUUACAAGGAAGGCCCUCCCACCUCCUCAUCACACCACUGCUGGUCUGCCUAUGACCAGAUGGCUCUAACCUCUCCUCUCAGUUGAGUUUCCCUUUUAGACUCCAUCUAUUUGACUUGGCUGUCUAUAUCCCUUGUGACCAAUGUUCAGGAAGCUCUGCCUAUCCAACAAUGUUUCGAGGGAGCAGUCAUAUGUAUGCUUUUGAUAAAAAAUAUGUGUUUUCAUCUGUGGGAACAUUUGGAGCAGUUAUUCAUCAACAAAUUCAAUCACAGCUGCCUUGUUGUAAAUAUCUGCCUUUUUUUCUGAAGCAUGAGAACUCAAACUUAAGCAGGUGCAGUUGAAAAGGAAUCUUGAGUUUUUGGUAUGUGGGAACUUUGUUUGCUUUAGUUGGCCGUAUUUGGCAAGACUACUUCUUUUCCUGGCCAAACAAGCCUGUUCACUCGUGUAAUUGCCCUUUAAACAAAAGCAGAUUGAUGAAACUGUGUGUUAUUUUCACCCCCAGCAUCUUAUCUUUGUAAAUGGAUUACCAGCUCACUCAUUUACUGAUGUGCGGACAAACCCUGCAGAGGAAGAGUGGGUCAGGGAUUAUCUUCUGAGACUGAUUGAUGUAAUGGGGACAUUUAUUGUGAAAUCAGACUGAAAUUCCUUGUGAUAUUUUGUUACAUGAAUUGAAGGUAGGCAAGUGGGUUUUUAUCCCAAUUACAAUAGAUGGCACGACAUGUACCUGUACCUGUUGGCUUCAGAACUGUCAUAUAUUUGUGGCAUACUUUCAACGAGGUGUUGAAAACCUCCCUUUGAGAUUUCUGCCCAUAUUAAAUGACCGCAUCACACAGGUGCUGCAGAUUUGUCGGCUGUACAUCCAUUAUGUAAAUCUCCCGUUCCUCCACACCCCGAAUGUGCUCUAUAGGAUUGAGAUCUGGUGACUCUGGAGGCCACCGGAGUACAGUGGAUUCAUUGUCAUGUUCAAGAAACCAGUUUGAUAUGAUUCGAGCUUUGUGACAUGGUUUAGUAUCUUGCUGAAAAUAGCCAUCAGAGGAUGGGUACACUGUGUUCAUAAAGGGAUGGACAUGGUCAGCAACAAUAUCCAGACGAUGCGUAGUUGGUCCCAGUCCUCCUCUUCUUCUCUAACCUUGAACAUCAACAAGGCAUUUUCAUCCGUAAAACUGGAUAUUUUCUCGUUUUGGGACCAUCCUCUAUAAACCCUAGAGAUUGUGUUUCGUAUGUCAGUUCCCUUAGUGAUAUGCUGCCAUGCUGUGAGUGAAACAUAGUGAUGUUACUAAAAGUACUGAAAAUGUUUCUCUGGUCUUCCUAAAGGUUGUUUGAUAACUUUGUUAGGGUCCCUCUCUUCCAUGUGUCAGUCGUCGAUAUUCUGGUAAAAACAGUUGAUGUAACAGGUUAGCCUUACAACGCUGUUUUUUCUGGGUGUGUCUAUAAUGUUGGAUCACAUUCUUUCUGCUUUGAUCACAAUUUUCAGGCUAACAGGCUAGCCUCCUGCUAAAACUAAAUUACGUGUUACAUCACAAAUUGCCACGUGCCAUGCCUUUGGUUCAUCAUAUGCUGAUAAACUGCUGAUGAACCGCUGACAAUGAUUGCAAUCUCUUUAUAAUCUAGUGCAAGAUGGAUGAUUUUGUUUUGAUUUUCUAUAUAUUCAUGCACACAUAUACGUAGGGCUGUAAUUUUUGACUUCGGCUUCUUUAGCAAGAUUGGCUGGACUCUUACAGGAAAUAAGCAGCUUUAAAUUCACAGUCAACAUCACAUUGUAUGCGUUUCCUUGAUGGAUGAUUUGGUAAGCAUGAGAAGAUAUUGAAGAACUCAUCAGUAAUAUUCAGAAAAUCAUCAAAUAUUUAUUCUGUUUUCCUGUUUCUCUGGUUUAAAACUAAAUGUUGCCUGUGGUGAAACAGGAAAACAGAUCAUUUUUUCCACAUAUGAAAGUGCUGAAGGUGACAUAUCCCAAAUUUUUGUGGUCUGCUUUCUCAGACACUGGAGUAAAUUCAAACAAACUGCAGCAGGGACUAAUUUAGUAUUUUUCCUCUUCUUCACUUCUUUGACAUGCUCACGUAAUAAUAUAAUAUUAAUGCGAAUACUGUUUGUUGUAGUUCUGUACAGUCUGUGUGUGUGUGUAUGAGCAUCUACCAUCUACCUGACUUUUGUCCUCUGCUGCACUGAGACCCUACAGAGGAGUCUAAAGAGUGUUUUUAUGACUGUAGGUUGUUUGUGCAUGUGCUGAAAGAACACAUAAUCAACACUGACACAUAAACUGGUCUGUGAAGACUCCUCCGAGCUUCCGGGGUUAAUGACCUCUGUUACCUUCCUCACCGCCCUUUUUUUUCUCAUGGUUUUGUUAUCACUCAUCACUCACUCAGUCCAUUGUUACAAACUGGCCCUGCUGGGACUGAAUCUAAAAAUUUCCUUGACUGAGCCAGUGGGAGUUGUCGGCUGUAGACGGGGAAACUGGUUUGACAUGAUAACCCUCAAUUAUCUUUGUGCUUGUUCUGACUAUUAUCAAAGAGUGAAGACCUGUUUAUUUAGAGGAAUUUACACUGUUUGGGAGUGUAAGAAUUGUGUGCAUGUGGAAAUAUUUGCGUAAAGGAGCUGUUUGUACCUCACAACCAUCAACACUAUGGUUUGGUAGUCUGUGCUUAACUUCUGCACAAGAAGCUGGCAAGGUGGCGAUAACAGGUGUUACUAGAAAGAACUACACACCUACAUAGAAACUGCACAUUUCUGGAUGGGAGAGCCUUCAUGUAGGAAUUCAAUUCACACUUUUUUUUCCCCUUCAAAAGCCUCCUGAAAUAGACUGAGUCACAUUAUUGUCACAGUGCUUAUUCAUUUGAAGACUCCCUCUCUUCCUGCAUGUUUGACUUCGAGACGUAACCUUUACCUGGCAGCCAGACAUUUUAGUUUUGAAGAUCAACAUAUCCUUUAACGGUCUUAUCUGGCCUUAACUUAUGACUUUGUGACGCAACUCAAAAGCAUAAAUGUGAAACACUACACCAUUUCGAGGCGAACUUGAUCUUCUGGACUUUACUCGACUUUUUGGUUGAUCUGCUAUCAGAGUAGCUGUUCUUCCUCAUGCCAUAAGUUAGUGUUGCAAAUGAAGUUGUUUUUUUGUUUUUUUCAUCUUGUUGAUACCAACAUUUACAGUAUUUACUUCCUAUCUGUGCUCCCAGUGUCUCCCCUCUGUUGGUGGGAAGAAAAGGUCCCUCACCAAGGGGGUAGAAACUGCUAAUUGAGUCCACAGGGAGAAAAUGCAAGGAACAAACACCAGGAGCUUGUUUUUCAGGCCUCUGCUGGGAUUUCGUAAUGGGUGUCCCAGCAGGUUAAUGUAUAUACGAGUGCAGUCCAGCAGUUAAGUGGUACUUUAUGUCUUCUUCUGUCCCGUUUUAUUCACAGUACCACUCACAGUUUAGUAACUAUACCACAAAACCUCACAAUGUGUGCUACUGUAGGAUGUUGAAUCUAUAACAUCAGGGUAAGGGAGGCUAAAUCAAAAGUUUGGGGAGAACUGUUUACACUCAUUCAGUGUUGUUUCGUUCGUGAACGAUUCGUUCAGAAGAACCGAAUCUUUUAAGUGAAUAUACUGAAGCGAAUCACUUCCUCGAGUAAUUCGUUAGUUUCUCACUUCAGUUGAGCUAAAGUAAGAAAGGACAAGGGACCCCAUGCACCAAUGCCUGAAUCACUUGGUGAACGAAUCACACAUUGAACUACACUCUCUGGAAUCAUUUUUGUCGGACAUGUUCAGUGUGAAUUCUUCUAAACAUUUAGUGAAUGAAUCAUUCACUGAGCCCAGUUUUUCGAGCAGACCCGAUGAAUAGCAAACUAUAGGACAGUACACUUAAAACAUCAUGACUUAUAAACUAGUUCAUUUUUACAAACAGGAGGUCGGAGUCGCAGGCAUCUCCCGCCAAGCGCUAAAUGAUUCGGUGAUUUGGUGAACAAAUCUUUUGAAUGACUCUUUUUAGUGAAUUGAUUCAGUACAUCUAAUAGAACUGCCAUGCCCAUCACUAUCAUUCAGGCUUCCUCUCUGGAUGUACAUUUAAGCAAUAUGACCACACGUACUUUACAUGGGGCUACACAUUGAACAGUGUGUCCACUAGAAGGUGCCCCAACAAAAACUGUCUCACAAAGAUUUUCACAACUCUUCACCAACUUGCACCACAUAUCCUUAAAAAGUUCUGCCUUUAUUUCCAAUAUAUACAUUCUUCAGUUGUGUGUUACUGGCUUGGUGUGAACUGUUGGCUUUCUUUUAGGUUGUAGCUCCCUUGUGUGUAUGCUAACAUCCUAGCAUCAGCAAGGCGUCCAUGUUUGAACAGAUCAAUUAAAGUCUCGUAUUUAUUUUAGUCCGUCCACUAAAGUUUCUGUUCAGACAGCUGCAUGUGGGCUCCUGAAUGGGAAAGCCAUGCUACGGAGAGCUUAUGCUGUAAAUCCAGCUAAUGCUGAAUCACUCUGAUUAUCAGAUGCACUGAGAGGGGGGUCUGGUUGGGGGGGGGAUUACUGUGAUUUUGUGUCUGCCUUGGGCGCUGACAGUGCACAGGGUGUGACCUGGCCCUUUUUGGAUGACACAGAUGAGUUUUGGCUAGCUGUUGUUGUCCGGUUGGCUGGCGGGUGCUAUGGGGUCAUGUCGCCUGAUGCAGCAGUGCAUGUCUGUUGGUAUCUUUGGUGAAGGUAAACUUUAACAGAGGUGAGGAAGUUUGUUACACAAGGCGUAACUUUAUUGUAUGUUACAUAUCAUUGUUUUUGACCUGUGAGUGGCAGUGCUGUUGCAGUUUAAGAUAAGCUUCCCAAGCCUGUCCCAACCUCGUAAAAGAGGAAUAACCACCAUAAAGUCAGUAACACGUGGAGAAAGAACAAAAGAAUACCUGUCUCUAAAGUUAAGAAACACUGAGAUAUAACCAUCUUUCAUUUGAUUCAACUUUCUUUACAGCACAUUGUUGACUUAUUUUUUAUGUUUGGGUUUUAUAAAGCUUGUUUUGACCUUCCUAGUCAGUGCAUCAGUGUUUUAUCUUCCCCAAUCAGAUUUGACUCUAGAUUAGCCCCUCUGAUGAGCUCCACUAUAUGACUUUGAAGCUGUGACCCUGCCCUGGUUUGUUUGUGUGUGCGCGUGUGUGUUCGGGUUAUUGCAGUGUUAAGUCAGUGGGUAAAGUCAUGUUUUUGAGAGGUCAGGGUUAGAGAUAAGGGCUUCAAGAGAUGUUGGCUUCUUUGCUUUUGCUUUGGGUUUAAACCAACGUAAAUGUGUUUUUAUAACACACACGCCACCCCAUUCACGUGUUGUUUUUGUUGUAAGUAUUGCGAUGGCGACAACCUUUUCAAAACUCCCAUGUUUGUUUAUGAAUAUACAUUAGAGCUGAGAUUCAUUUGGUGUCAAUUGUAACCAGGGAAUUGGAAAAAUAAAGCCAUAAUUUGUUGUAUCCUACAGCUUCUUCUUGAGUGUCUGUAACCUCCAGCCAUGUCCCCUGUUGUUUCGAAGGUGAAUAUCUGCCGGUUGUAUCACAUCAAUCAUGAUACGGAGAAUUUCAGAGCUCAAAACAAAGCCUCCAGCUAUAAAACAUUUUGUUUUUCUAUCAAAUAAGGGGCCGUUGAUAUCACUCCAGUGGAGUUCUGAAGGCAAAACAAGAGAAUCAUGGUUGUCACCUUAUCCAACAUUGACGCACAUAUAAGACUUAAUCGUACUUCUCGGGAUGAUCGAUCAGAAGUAUGACUGACCAACACUACAUACUUGUUAGUGUGUGUGUUUGUUUUGACCUAAAACCCCAGUGCCCUGUUGACAUAACUGUUUCCCACCUGAGGUACCGACUAUGAUUAAACCAUGCAGUCAUGUUUCUAAAUGAGGUGCUUUCACUGUCGUCCUUGUAAUUGUUCAUCAGCGUUGUUGUCAUUCUAACCAAACAGCAGGUUAAGGGUUUGAACUGAUGUGAGGGUGUUUGUGUCAGUGUGAGUCAGAGUUAGUACUCAAAUAACUGUUUUCAUAACUCAGGUAGAGAAUCAACAUUGGACUGAAGUGUAAUUCCUCUCAGUUCAUAAUGUGGCAAGAAAAUUUUCACUCUGAUGGAGGUAAAAAAUCCUCAACUUUGAACCUUUUCAACCAACGAUGUGUCCAUUAAAGAGGGCUUGUAAUGUCAGGUCCAGUUGGAGAUUGUUUUCUGCUGCCUCCCCUCACAUGGCCUUGUGCCUGACCCACUACAGAGCAUCACAUGAUCGCCAUUUAAGAGGGCAUCCUGUGACCUCUGAAAAACAAAACGUAAGAUGCUUCUCCGGCUGAGUCAUGGCUGAUGUUAAGGUCACUCUCUCACACCGCAGUGUAUCUCAUGACCUGCUCUGACUAACCUCUGACCUGUAUCGCUUUCAUCUCUGUUUCCUCUGCUCUGCUCGUCCUCUUUGAUUUAUAGACACGGCAGCAAAGAUGGCAACAGUGUGAAGCUGAAGUUCAGUGUGUCUAAACACAGCUUGUCUUCCUGCUUCACUCGGGGUGUGUUCUGAGUGUGAAUGAAGCUGGUGAUUGUGGUGAUGUGUGAGGCAGUGCCAGCCCCUGUGGAGAGUUUGGCUGAACAGCCUGUUUUAGUAUAAACAUUUUGACUGUCAUCUAAAAUCUUCACUGCCACAAACACAGCUGCUGUGAAUUUGUUAGACCGCAUAUUUACCCUCUUUCACAACCUGUUAGACUCUUUUUUUCUUCUGUAAUCCUCCUCCUGAUUCUUCAUUGUAAUGACAGCAGAGUGUCCAAUAGUCUGUGGAAACAGACUGGUUUUGAAGGGAGCUGCUGCCAUCCUGUGGAUACUCUGUCAUGGUUACUAAACAGUCUUUUUUUUUUUUUUUGUUACUAAACAGUCUUUCAUAAGCACGGCUCGGCGGUGAUGAGUCAUGGAGAGGUGUGCUUUCACGUGGUCAUGCUCAUUUAACCAAAGUCACAAGUUUAGGAGCAUAAUUUAAUCUGCAAAGAAAGGAAGUGAAAAUAUGGGAAAUAAAGUUCUCAUAAACAUGAAGUAAUUUUCUGGUUUGUUUGGCCAGUGUUUUUACACGUUAUUUACUUUGUUUAAAAGCUGAUGUUGUAUAUUCUUAUUCAUAGUAUUGACAUUUCACCCUCUUCAUAUUAGCAAGCUUAGUUUCCUCGCUCCUCCAUACCUCUCUGAACUCCUCCACAUUAACACUUCCACCUGGACUCUCAGGUCUGCCUCAUCAAUCAGCCCCGUUAUGUCUCCGGCCCAUCUGUCCACUAUGGGAUCCAGAGCCUUCAGCCACGCUGCCCCCCGCCUUCGGAACUCCCUCCCCCCUGAUAUUAGGAAAAAUUGACUCACUCUCCAUUUUCUAAUCCCAUCUCAAAACUCAGACAGGCCUACUGAGAAUAGUAUUUGAUGUUCUGCUGCAGAGUCCAGAGUCCAACUUUUUAUUUAAUACUUUGUUGUGUUGAUGUGUUUUUAUUGAUUUUACUAUUCUACUGAUGUGUCUUUUAAUUGCCCUGUGAGGUGUCCUUUAGUGCCCUGAAAGGCGCCCACAAAUAAAAUGUAUUAAUAUUAUUAUUAUUUCUAUCAUCUGUAAGAGACAUAAAAUCAUCUCCAUCAGUUUUUAAAUUAGUGGUCGACCAGUAUCAGUUUUUCAGUGGCUGCUGCCAUGAAUGAUAACGAGAGAGCUGGUUGACCCAUGGCUAAUAUAUAAUAACUGAUAUAACAUUGCAUUGAUAAAACAUCAAUUUAAAAAUACUCAGUGGGAAGAAAAAAAAACGCUGGACGAAAGUGAAUAUACUUUCAAAUAAAAGUUAAAUAAUAAUAUUGUUAUUAAACUGCGUUACUUUAGUAUUAUAACAGAAUUUCAACCCCAGGAGAUGGGGAAAUGCUUUUUUAUUUGAAAAGAUAAUGAUGAAAUCAGCUUUGUAAGGGCUGAUAUGAUGCUAAUUAUGUCAAAAUGCCAUUAAUGAGCCUUUUUGGGGGGACAACCAAGUUACUACACUAUCUUUGGGUUAGAGAUUUCAAUAUCCCGUGUUAAAAUAUCAUUUUUUUGUAUGUUUGUUCCUCGCUGAAAACAAAUGAGCGUCUAUAAUAUUGUCUGAUACUGUGUGCCCCUCUGUAACCUAAUAUAUUGCAAUGGGAAACACUCACAGAUUGUUUUUUCUGGUUUUUACUGACAUUACACUUUUUUGUUUUUUCACAUUAUUAUAAUAUUCGAGGCAAUGUUGUAAUUUCACAUCAACACAUUGACAAGCAUACUCACCAAAACCCAUUGUCAAUCAAUCUAACAUGAAAUUUAAAACUAUAUUUAUUCACAUCAAACCUAACCCUCCUUCUCCCUCUCUUUCUUUGUAGGUGAUCACCUGUUUUGGCCUCUCCGUGCUGUCUUGUCGCUACGUGGGCUUUGCUGUGGUCGCCCUGCUCGUAGAGGUCAACUCUGUGUUCCUCCACCUGAGACAAAUGCUGCGAAUGGCCAGCAUGGCCGCCGGCACACUAUACCGGGUCAACAGCAUGAUCAACCUGGGCACAUACGUGGUGUUCCGUAUCAACACGCUGGCCUGGAUGACCCGCUGGCUGGUGCUCAACAGAGACAAGGUCCCCCUGCUGGCCUACACGCUUGGCAGCGUCGGCAUGGCCAUCAUGACAGCCAUGAACAUUGUCCUGUUUUAUCGCCUUCUCAGGAGCGACUUCUUGAAGAGCAGCACCCGGGAGACCAAGAAGGAGAAGGAGAUGUAGAGAAGAGGACAGGAAAGGAAACAAGAAGGAUUACAUUCAUAAACACUCCUGUUUGUUACUGUAUGUUAACGCCCCGUGGCUGAGAUUUGGUACUUGUGCUUGUGUGAUUUACUCAAAGCUAAGAGACAGAGGAGUCUUUCUAUCUGACAAACUGUAAAGGUACAUGCAUACAUGGUGUAAUCAAAUGGCCUUACUUGAACACAGAUCACACCCUGCCAUUAUGCUGAAAGCUACAUUUAGUUGUGGUUUUACACUCUAUAGUUGAGUGUGGUUCUGUCAUCCUUAAGUGCCACCAGUGGAUCGCAUUGGUGGAUCACAGUGGAUCACUAAUGGAUGAUAAAGGAUUCUUUAUAGGAACAGUGUAAGGCCUUGUAAAACCAAAACGCCUUAUUAUCUGACAGGGUGUUUCAGCUAAACCUGUUCUGAAAUGUAGCUCAUGGAGACGCCGUGAAUCGAAACCUCUGACACUCUUAUACUUCCACAAAAAAUACAGGAAACGAUUUCUGAAUAUCUUUAGUUAUGUUAUAGAAUAUUCUUUCAUUCAGAUAUAUUAUAUUCAUAUUAUUCUACAGUGAUUAACUUACAAUAACAUCUAUAUACCGCUGAUUAAAAGAACCAGUGGAAUCCAAACCUUCUUGUUGUUUAACACUUGUGCUACAGAGGUGAAUGUACCUUUUUAUUUUCCACCAAAUCACCUCAACUAAAAACAGCCUGCUACCUCAGAGAGCUCUGAACACUUCUUUGCCUCUUUCAAGCUUUGCUGUCAGUGGUCUGGCAGGUUCUUUGUCAUAAAAGAAGAAAAGAUUAAAAUGUUUAAAGAUGAGAUUUGUACGUACAAGGAUACAAAAGCAGAAAAACCAAUACUGACAUGAUGAGGACAUAGGGUGAUGAACAGGAUGCUAGUACGCAAAAUCUCAAGAAUAACAGAUUAGAUUGAACUUUGGUGACACAGUGCAAAACGACGUGAUAUUUGGUGGUUGAUCAUUUAUUGCCUUUUUUUUGCUAUGCCAAAUCAUCUUAUAACAUUCAGGACUAACCAAUCAUCACAGGCUUUACACUAAUUAUAGUUUAACCAUUAAGCCCUGUGAUUAAGCUUGUGCCCUGUAGAUCAAAUCAACCAGCAAGGUUGUGCUUGUAGAUUUAAUUCGUCUCUGACUGGCUCGAGGUUCAAUCACUAUGACAGGGAGACCUUCAGUCACUAAAGAGUAGUAGAGGUCUGUGAUGGUUUUGCAGUCUGCAGUAGGAGCUUUCAGACGCUCAGAGGUUGGUAUUUUCCAUUUCGCCUCUUGAGGGCAGCACACUCCUCAACAUCACACACAGGAGCACCAGCGUUAUCUCAGUUGGGUCUGCACCUCCUGCUUUUAAUUUGAAAGAGCCAAUUAGUGCAGAGAAUUUCCUGUUUGAGAUCUGUGAAUACAGCAAACUGCUAAAACACACGGCUGCUACAAACCUGUAUGCCCUUGAUGCCAUGUCUCUUUGUUGUCUCUGUUUUGUGCGUGUGUGUGUGUAUUCAUUGUUUUUGGGGGUGUGUUUUGUAUAUUUGUAAUUUAUUUGUACUAAAACAGAAGUUGCUCAUUAAAGAUAAGGCAGACAUGAUGUUAAAUUAAUUUUCCCGUUGUGAAAACAGUUGAUUAUAGUGGAUCUGAAAUGAUUAUGUAAGUCAUAUUUUUGCAGGACAUUGUGCCACUCUGGGUCUUAAUUUUUUUUCAAGGUAGUAGUUUCAUCGUUAACGGUCAUCUCAGCUGUACAGAAUCAGCCAUUAAACCAGGCUGUCGACAAGCAUGGGCACACUGUACUUGCUUGAAGUUGUAUGAACUAGUUAUAAACACAUACAAUCAGCUGUAGUCCGCCUAAACACAGCUGGUACAAACACAGUCCACAAAUUUAACUCUGUCCAACAAAGUCAAGACAUGGCUGCACUAAUGAAAAGCACUAUUUGGAAGGAAUUCAGUAAAAUUGAGAUCAUUGUUGUUGUGCCUGAUUGCUAAAUGCUGUUUUUUAGAUCACGAGUAUUAGAGCAGUAGGAAAUUUUUAUUAUCCUGAAUGUUGAUUUGCAGUUUUUGAAAUUGAUAGGGCAGCUUAACUCUGUGGUUGUAGUGAAGACAUCUGGUGAGAAUUGAAGUUCUUUCUAACAAGUAAAAAGCUUAUACUUGUGAAUGUGUUGUAAAUGGCAGUGAUGUUUUUUUUGAGAUUAUGAUGUAUAAUUUAUAAUGUAUGCCUUUCCAGAAUUCUAAUCGAACAUAGCAGCCCAAGUUGAGAUUUCUUCCUCGGCAAUGCGGCCAAAAACAAGCUACUACUGUACUGCUCUCCACACUCUGAUGCUUCUUCUCCCAGCUAUAUUUAUGACCUUGACUUCAAAACUGUCAUUCUCCAAACGACAGAGGAAGAAACUUCGGCUUCUUCAUUGUGGGUAGUGGACACAAAGAAAGAGAUUUCCAGAUGUAAUAGCAGAGAAAGGCGGAGGUUAAUGUCUUAUGUACUGCUUCAUGUUAUCCUUAUUGUAUACAGUAGCUAAAUGUUGGUGUUGAUUUCAGUGGCACAGUGGAAAAUACAAAUUUCCUCCAUUCUCUGGUGUUGCUGAAAUACUGUUAGCUGUUAAAACUUACAACAACACAGACUAUUAACACUGUGCAGCUUUUCUCCGUCUUGAAAAUCCCUGAUCAUGAGACAAACAUGGAAUACAAAGUCAGCAAGAACAAGUGAGGCUGUGAAACAAAGUCCUCUGCUUUCUCUUUGCCUGUCGCCUCUCUCAUGACCGUGUCUUUAUGCGUAAAUAUGACAUUUAUUUUUUCAUGUUUCGGCAGAGAUUUUUGUAAUUAUAACUCCAAUUUAUAUGUUUAUAUGAUAACAUUAUUUGUUUAACGUGCAAAUAAAGAUCAAAAUUAACUUUGUUGUGAUUCCUUGUGCUGAAAGUUUUCACUUAUGAACAUUUGGGUGAGGGGUGUUAUAAAAGAGGUAGAAUACGUUAUUUGUGGGGGAAAUAUUUGGUACCACCAAUACUAGCUUUAUUAAUGUAAGUUAAUA